CAGCUCUUCCACAGUGCGAAGCUCCCCUCCGCACGUCAAGCUCUUGACAUGCCAGCUAUUCCUUCUCCCACUUCGUACGAGCAUUGCGUACACACCCUUUUGCUAAUUGUUAAUAUUCACAAUGAAAUUCGGCGCCACCCUGCGCAAAAACAUCUACUCGCCAUGGAAAGACAAGUACAUCGACUACGAUAAGCUCAAGGAGCUGCUCAAAGAGAAAGACGACGACGAUUCCUGGACGUCCGACGACGAAACGAAGUUUGUCGACGAGCUCGCCAACAUCCAAUUAGAGAAGGUGCACGAGUUCAGGAACGAGACGUCCCAGAAGCUCCGCGACCGCACCGCAGCAUGCGAGAAGAAGCUGGAGCCAUUGGCCAUUGGUAUCAAAGCGGAGGAGGAGAAAGGGAAGGAUAAAACGGCCUCAUCAUCGGCGGAUAAUGGCUCGGGCAAGCCUGAGCUGAAGCCGGGGGAGAGGGAGCGCCUGCUGAAGGAGGUGCUAGAAGAGCUGGACAGCAUCACGAAAGAAGUCAACGAGCUGGAAAAGUACGGCCGGCUCAAUUACACGGCCAUCCUCAAGGCUACGAAGAAGCAUGAUAAGUUGCGUGGUCGCUCAUAUAAGCUGCGUCCCUUCAUCAACGCCCGCGUCGCUGAGCGCCCGCUCUACACCGAGGAUCAAUCACCGCUGCUCUACCGGCUCUCUGCCAUGUACUCCUUCGUCCGCCAAAGCUUGGAGGGGAAGCCCAAGGAAGCGCUGUCCUUUGCGGAGAGCACGACCGACAGCGAGGGCUUCAUUUCACACAAAUUCUGGGUACACAAAGACAACCUUCUCGAAGUCAAGACCAUCAUCCUCCGUCGCCUGCCCGUACUCGUCUACAACCCGCAGACUUCCAAGAUCGCCGAGGGCUCUCAACAGGAUCCCACGAUUACCUCGAUAUACUUCGACAACCCCAACUUCUCCUUAUACACUGAUAAGGUCAAUCGUGUACCAGACGCAGCUUCGCUCCGGCUUAGGUGGUAUGGGCAGCUGGCGGAGAGGCCGAAUAUCUUCUUCGAGAAGAAGGUCAUGAAGGAUGGGGAUGCGAGCGAGGAGCAGCGCUUCACUAUCAAGGACAAGUACGUCCAGCAGUUCAUCGAGGGCAAAUACCACAUGGAAAAGAGCGUCCAAAAGAUGGAAUCUCGGGGUGGACACGACCGGCGAGAGAUCGAAGAGUUUAAGAAAGCCGUCGACGACAUCCAAGCGUUCAUCAAGGAGAACGAUCUCCAACCCGUGCUCAGAGCCAACUACACCCGCACGGCCUUCCAGAUACCUGGAGAUGACCGUAUGCGCAUAUCGCUCGAUACGAACCUUGCCUUGGUUCGCGAGGAUGCUCUAGACUUGGAUAGGCCGUGUCGAGAUCCGGACGACUGGCACAGGAGAGACAUUGAUGACGCGCGGAUGGAGUACCCGUUCAAGGGCAUCCGGAAAGGCGAGAAGUACGAAUUCCCGCACGCAGUGUUGGAAAUCAAGGUCAAGGGCAUGAGGAAGUAUGAGUGGAUCGAGGACUUGAUGAACUCGCAUCUCGUCAAGGAAGCCCCUCGCUUCUCGAAGUUCGUUCAAGGUGUCGCGAAGCUUCAUGAAGAUUACGUGAACACUUUUCCGUUCUGGUUGAGCGAAGUCGAGACGGAUAUCAAGAUGGAACCCGAGCGCGCCUUCGAGGAAGAGCAGCAGCGUAAGUUGAAGGCGGCAGAAGAUGAGUUUGCAGUAGGCAGUCUGUUUGGCGCUCGUGCCAGCCCUAGCUACCGCCCUUCUGUUGUUUCUCCUGCGGGAUCACCAGCGGGUGGGAAAUCAUCUUGGCGAAAGCCAAGCACACCUGGCAGGCCUUCGCCCUUGAUAGUGGGAGAAAAUGGCAAAGGCGACAAGCCCAACGAUGAAGUCGACUCUGACGAAGAGGGCGCCCAAGCAACGACUUUCGAAAGCACGCCCUUCGCCAAAUCGACCGGGCUCACCUCCCUCUUCCCCUCCUUUUCGACGUCCAAGUACUCGCGCAGGCGCCAGGAGCGCAAAGUCAAGCUACCGCCGGGCAUCCGCGACCCGGGCGUGUGGAUCAAGGACCAAGGCCCCGUCCGCGUCGAGGCCAAGGUUUGGCUCGCGAACCAGCGCACCUUCAUCAAGUGGCAGCACGUCAGCGUCCUGCUUGCGGCGCUGUCCCUCGGUCUGUACAACGCUGCUGGGGAGACGAACGGCGUUGCGCGGACGCUCGCCAUUGUGUACACUCUCGUCGCGGUGUUCACGCUCAUUUGGGGCUAUGGCAUGUACAUGUACCGCAAUAGGUUGAUCCGUGAGAGGAGCCCGAAGGAUUUCGAUAAAAUGUUUGGGCCGCUGGUGGUGUGUGCGGGGCUGGCUAUUGCGCUGUGUUUGAACUUUGGGUUUAAGUACCGGGCUAUUCUCAAUGGUCGGAAGGAAGAUAGCAUUGUGAUGGGGAACGCGUCGUCGUUUCAGGAGCACAUUGAGCUCUUGCGAUGAAGAAUGAGUGGAUGAGAGAGCAUUGAUUGUAAAUGGUGAUUUGGGUUGAUGGGAUAGCGGGAUUCGUCCAUAUUGUUAAGGGGUCAGGGGUAGUUGCACGUGGUGUACAGGCAUCCGUGGACGGUUCCACGUAUAUAGUGCGAGACUCGCUUCUGGCAAAUAUAUCCAUUGCAUUCGGGCGGCGUCUGAUCCU